AUCAAGGGGGCAUUUCCGUAAUAUCUCAAUGUCAAGGGGGCUAAAUGGAUAAUAACAUUAAUUAAUCUGAUGUGUCGGAGCCGGCCAGAAACGCCAGGUGGCUCUUUUUGAUUGGUUACUACACUCUUCUUCCACGUAACUAAACUCCCCCUUCAGCGGUCACUUUUUUAAAUCGCCGUUUAUGGAAGGAGCGUGUGUUUGAAGGUGUAUGUGUGCGCCGGAGGGAAGAGACAGAGAACAAGAUGGCGUUGACGGCGGCGUUGCGACGAUUGAUCUUCGUGGCGGCUAUAUUUAUCGCUUUAUCUAUAGCUCAUUCCAUCGAUGACAAAUGUUCAGCUUGCAAUGCCGUUGCUGAGGAGCUGGAACUCGGAAUGAUGAAGGAGAAACCAAAAAACCAUCUGGAUAUGAGACAUCGCUUGGACUCCAAGGGUCAGCGGAGAGGGAAGGUAAUAGAUUACAGAACCAGUGAGCUGAGAGUCGUUGACCUCCUGGAUGGGCUUUGUGAUAAGAUGCAAGACUAUACUCUUCAGAAGAUGGAUUCAACGGAAAAAGUCUGGAUUAAAGUGGAUAGCUGGGAUGACAUCACUAGUAAUAAGCAGGAAUCUCGUGCUUACUCAAAGGAGAUAUCAUCUUAUUGUGGAAGGUUACUGGAGGACACCGAAGAUGAGCUGGCAGAAUUGAUAAUGAAAGGAUCGGUAAAAGUUGGAGAAGUGAGCAAAGUUCUGUGUCAUGACCUUAGCAAACAUUGCAAGCAAACAAGUGAUUACCAUCAGUCGAGCAACAAUGAAGAAGUUAACGACGAACUUUGAGAACCAAUGAUUGUGCAACUGUAACCAAAACAGCAUGAUGAACGAUGGCAACGCCAAAGCACGCCGAUAUCAAUACUAAUUUUGGCGACCUUUUGGAACCCUACCUAACAUUUUAUUAGAUGGUUUGAUGUUUACUAGGAUUGUGUUUUUGAUCCUUCAUUUUCUUGUAUGGAUUCAACAUAUGAUCAAAUUCAUCCCAAAGAAGGGACAAAAAACAGGUUUACCGUUGGC